GUAAACAUAGUGUUUUCACAAAGUAUUAAGCUCUGAAGUUAAUUGAUAUUAAAAGUCAAACACUCAUUAAAUAUAAUAUGAUAAUAAAACUAUCAUUAAAUUGAAGCAUAUUGAAAUUCUUCUUCCCAAUAUUGAGAAAGUAGUAAGUUUGCGUAAUGGAUAGUCAGCCUAUGCCAGAUGAUAUUGUGCUUAUCGAUUUAGUAGAUGAUGAGUGGCGUAAUGAUAAGUUACCCGACGAGGACAUUCAAUUGCCACUGAAUAAACUUCCAGAUCCAGAAGAAAACGAGAAUCAAAUAAAAGAUAGCGAAGAGAAAUGGCUCGAACUGGCUAUCAUGACUCGUCAUGGUGAUGAACAACUCAAUAGUAGCAAUGUAUUAAUAAUAAUGAACAUAAAUAAAAACUUACAUAAUAAAUCAGUUUUGACUGAAUUUGCCCGAGACUUUGAAGACGAUCCAAAGGGUACAGUGCUUACAAAAAUUGUUAAUAAAAUUUAUGUGGCGUGUAAUAAUACAUCGCAAGAGUUAAAAGAACCAGUCAACAUUGAGUCGAAUAACAAAAGUCAAGAGAAAGCAGUAAAUGAGAAAAGUGAUAAAGUAAUAAAUAGUGAAACAUCAUCAUUAUCAUCAGAUUCAGUUCCAUCUUGCAGUAGUGAUUCUACAUCUUUAGAGAAUAAAAUAAAAGAAGACGAGACAUUGAGUGCAAGUGAAUAUAAGGUCGACACAUCACUUGGAAGGACGCCUUUAAAUGUAAUAAAACGAAUAAGUAAUCUAUUAGCAAUGAAGGACAAGGAUUUAAAUGAUUAUAAGAAAACAGAUCUGCAGAAGCUCUGGAUGCCAGACAGCAAAUCUCGUGAAUGUUACGACUGCACUGUAAAAUUUAAUACAUUUAAAAGAAAGCAUCAUUGUCGAUUAUGUGGUCAAAUCUUUUGUUAUCAAUGUUGCAAUCAAAUUGUAUCUGGAAAAAUUAUAAAAUGUUCAGGUGAUCUUCGCGUUUGCAAUUAUUGUUCAAAAGUUGUUUUAACUUAUUUGAAAUCAUCUGAUAUCAAUGCUGAUCUCAAAUCUGAUCUUCAAGCACUUGAAGAUGAUUUAUCGAGUAAAUUUGUUGGAACUUCAAGUGGCUCAUCAAUCAAUUUAAUGCCAGAAAGUGAAAGAAAUUCUCUUAGAAAAGUUUCGAUGGGAUAUCAGGAAGAUAAAUGGAUAAAAAAUCACGACAUUUUAUCAAAUGCUGAUCGAAAAAGUAUUUUACAACAAUCAAAAUCACUUAAAGUUCUUUAUGAAGAUAUGAUAAAAGCACUUCCAAUUCAUAACAAAGGAUCGGAAUUAAUGAAUUAUCUUACAAAUAUUCAAAAGUUAACAAACAAACAACAAAUGUCAGCAAUUCUUACUGCUAUGAUUGAAGCUGGUUUUAUUGUUCCUAUUGUAAUGAAUGAAGGAAUAAUUGAGUCAAGCGAUUCCUGUAGUGUUGACUUUAAUGAAAGUAUCAUUUAUAAGUUACAAAAUUGUGAUGAAAUCUUGAAAGAAGUCACAAAAGUUGAUGCAACUCAAUCAUCAGAAUUGAAUGAAGAAUUAGAAAUUAAAGAAGUUUUACCGCCAAGCAUCAAUGCUGAGAAUCUUUUUUCAUUAACACAAGAGCAGGAACUUCAUAGUUCAAUUGUUUCUACAACUGGCUCGAAAGCACUUUUAGAAGCUUAUUGUGAACACGAAGAACUUCUUUUAAAUCAACUUUUACGGUAUGAAAAUUUGGAUAUGUCUUGGUCACGAAUUUUAAUCAAUCAAUGUGCUCGCAUUGCACACACAAUUCAUCCAGAAUUCGGUCAAGUUGUCGACUCGAUGGAUAUUCGAAAUUUUGUUAAUUUUAAGAAAAUUUCCGGUGGUUUAAGAAGUGAAUGUGCGAUUAUUGGUGGUGUCGUGUUUACGAAAAACGUCGCACAUAAAGAUAUGAAAACAACAAUCGAAAAUCCUAAAAUUCUUCUUGUUCAAUGUCCUAUAGCUUAUCAGAGAGUCGAAGGGAAAUUUGUAACAAUUGAAUCGCUUGUUCUGCAAGAAAAGGAAUAUUUGAAGAAUGUCACAUCGAGAAUUCUUUCCUAUGCGCCCGACGUGGUCAUAACACAAAAAAAUGUUUCAGGAAUUGCACAAGAUAUGCUUCGUGAGAAUGGAAUAACCUUAGUGAUCGAUGUAAAGUUGUCAGUGUUUGAACGAUUGUCACAAUGUCUUCAAUGUGAUGUUGUAACGUCGAUAGAAUCCAACAUUGGACGACCCAAGUUAGGAAGUUGCAGAAAGUUUUACACGAAAAGUUUCAUUGAUGGAAAUGGUUUUGUGAAGACUUUAAUGUUCUUCGAAGUUCCAUUCAGUCAACGUGGAUGUUCACUCAUACUUCGUGGUGCAAAUGAAAAAGAACUUGCAAGAGUUAAAAAGAUUGCAAAGUUUUUACUUUUCGCUCGAUAUAAUUUCCGAUUAGAACUUUCUUAUUUGCUGGAUGUGUUUGCUGAGCCACCACCUCGUAAACAAAAUAUUUUCGAAUCAAUUGAACAAUCAGCAAAUACACAAACUGAAGAAAAUUCAAUGACUACGAAGGAUAAUCAAGAAACUUUGAAAACAUCUACUCAAAGAAAGGAAAAACUAAUUAAUAAAGAAAAUGUUUCAGAUUUUUCCGAUCCUCUUCGAACGACAAAUUUAACUGAGCUUAGUUGUGAACAUGAGAAAGUUGUUUUGGAAGUUCAACAUUCCUUCGACAACAAAUUCCGAUCAGCACUUAGUUCAACAAUUCUCUCAAUCAGUCCUUUCCUUCAACAUCCACUUCCGUAUUUUGAAACUGAAACCGGAAGGAAAUGCACACUUCGCGUCUUCUUUCCAACAGAACUUUUUUAUUCAGCACAAUGGGAUAACAUCGUGAAACUUGAGAAAAAUGACAACAACCAAGUUGAAAGUUCUUCAGAUAAUCAAACGGAAGUUAAUCCAACUCAUGAAUUUCUUUUGAUGAACUUUACAGCAUCAUUGGAACAUAAAGAUAUCUUUCAAACAGCAAUCGCUGAUUAUCGUAGAAAUGGUGGAACUUACAAGAAAGUGACAAGAAUGAAAGAUGUGAAUAAAAAAUCAGAAGCAAUUGCGAAUAUAAAAUUAAUAAAAAAUGAAGGUUUGAGAGAUGCUUUAGUGAUCUACAAUCAUCAAAGACUUCCAGUUCUCUUUUCAAGUUAUCAUCACAAUUCUCAAGAACUUCCUUCGUCAUUCUGUGCUCAACCUUUGUUGCUUAACAUGCAUUUCUAUGGACAAGAUGAUAUCAUGUUAGGCUUGUUUCUCGAACGAUAUUGCUUUCGAAGCUCUUACAUUUGCCAAUCAUGUAAACUUCCAAUGAUGAAUCAUGUGAGGAAAUAUGCACAUUCAAUGGGUGUUGUUACAGUCAAACUGUCUGAAGAUCCGAUAAGAAAUGAAAAUUCACAAAUCGUCAUGACAUCGCGUUGUGCAAUUUGCAAUUCAAUGACACCAAGUGUUAACAUUUCCAACGAUACUUGGUGUUUAUCAUUUGCAAAGUUUCUUGAAUUGAAAUUUCAUGGACAUUCAUACACGAGACGUAAUUUGGAGGGUGAUGAUGAUGGUUCAUGUCAUCAUUCCAUACAUCGAGAUCAUAUUCAAUAUUUCUCAAGUAAUGGUGUCAUUGUCAGCUUUAUUUACAAUCCUGUUGAAAUUUGGGAAAUUGAAUUGCCACAUUUGACAAUCAAAUUGAAAGCGAAUGAUAUUAUUGAAGGAAAUAGUUAUGGCGAGAAGAUUAAAGCAUUUGCAAUGAAAGGUUACGAAGUAUAUGCGAAAAUUCAUGAAAAAUUGGCGAAUUUAUCAGGUGAAGUAGAAACUCCGAUGUUGGCAAGUUUGAAGAAAGUUCUGCAUCGCGAUCAGUUGAUUUUUAAGCAUCGUGCUGAAGUUAUUUACACAUUAUUGGCAUCGAAAAAUGUUGAUGCUACAGAAGUGAGUGAUUCAAUGUUGAUGAUGCAGAAAGAUCUUGCUGAUAGCAUUGAAUUGUGGGGACCACGGCUUAAUGAAGCUGCAAUUCUUUCAAAGAUUUCCAAUUCAAAAGCUGAAAACAAUUCUUCAUAUCAAAAUGAACAAGUUAGAGAAGUUGAUGAAACUAUUAACGAUUUGGAACUCGAUUAUGAUUCAAGUGGAAUAAAACCACAGGAUGAAUCUCAAACAUCUGACAAGAAAGAAAAACUUGACAAGAAUUCUAUUAAGCAAUUGCUUGUAAAACUUUUACCAUCAAGUUCGGAACAAAACAUUUUAUCAACUCCUUUCUCUCUCAAUGAACAUUUUUGUCUUUCCACUGGACAAUUUCCCAUUCUUGUUCAUGAUCAAGAUUUGAGUUCAAUUAUUGCGUAUUUUUUGAUGUCCUACGAUUACAAGAAGCUCUUCGAGAAUCUUUCAAGUUCUGCGACUGCUGAACAAAGUUGUGGUAACAGUCCAAGUUUAAAGAGAAAGAAUAAUCAAAGUAACAACAGCAGUGGUGGACAAAUAGAAACUGAAGAAAAAGAUUCAAAUCUUGGAGUAAAUUUGGCAAUAAAUAAAGAAACGUCAGAGAAGAAAAAGCAUUCAAGUCGACAUAUUGAAGUCAACGCACAAGAUUCAACCACACAAUUUUCUUGCAAAAUGUAUUUCGUGAAGGAAUUUGAUGAAUUAAGAUCAAAUUGUUUGUCAUUGCCAAUUCAAAAAUCCUUUUUCGAUUCAAUAAAUCAAGAUGAGUCGUCAAAAAUGUUAUGCGAAGAAACUCGAAAGGGAUAUGCACGAUCAUUGAGUAGCAGUCAAAUGUGGGAAGCACGUGGUGGCAAAAGUGGUUCAAAGUUUAGUAAAACCAGCGAUGAUCGAUUUAUAUUGAAAGAAAUGUCAAAACAAGAUGUUGGAGAGUUUGAGAAAUUUGCACCAUUUUAUUUUGAAUAUUUGAAUGAAAGUAUUCGGAUGAAAGCUCCAACACUUCUGGCAAAGAUCUUUGGUGUUUAUAAAGUAACAAUCAAGAAGAAAGAUUCAGUUGUUGAGAGAGCUGUACUUGUCAUUGAGAAUUUAUUUUGCGAUAGAAUCAUCAAGAGUAAAUAUGAUUUGAAAGGAUCGGAAAGGAAUCGACUUGUUGAUACGACGGGACAGGUUGGAGAAACAGUUUUACUGGAUGAAAAUUUGAUUAAAGAAUCGUGGACCAAACCACUUUAUAUCCUUACACAUUCACAUUCCGUUUUACGUGCUGCAAUAAUUCGCGAUGCAACAUUUUUGGAGAAGAAUUAUGUCAUGGAUUACUCCCUUCUUGUGGGCAUAGACGAUAAAUAUCUCAUUGUUGGCAUUAUUGAUUAUAUUCGAAAGUUUACUAUCGAUAAGAGAAUUGAAAGUUACCUGAAGCAAGUUGUUGAUCAUCAGCGUCUACCAACAAUUGUAUCUCCAAAUGUUUACAAGACAAGGUUCAUUGAAGCUAUGGAUAGAUAUUUCUUGGCAAUUCCUGAUCGUUGGAAUGUUAACAUAAUGAAUAGAGUGAAAUCUUGUAAUUAUCCGGAAUUAUCACCAGAAUUCAAAACAUUGUUCAGUAACGAAAACGAACAGCUGAUAAUUGUCGGUGUUAUAGGAAAAUCAAAUCUCCAAAAUGCAAAUAAAAUGUCAUGCUUUAAUCUUUUCUCCUGCAAUGCAGCAUUUGUCUCUCAAAGUACAAUUGAUCGACAAGAAGGUCGAAUCAAAUUUUUUUACGAGAAGAACAGUAAAUACAUUUUCGUUCAUUUCGAGACAGCAUUUGAUAUGUUCAUCACAAAUGAUUUAAUUAAGGCCUCUGAUUUUGAAUAUUUUCUUCCGUUUUAUUCUAAAUUGAGGACAAAAUUUGCUCAAAUGGUCUUGCUGGCUACUCAAAUUUGUCACAUAGUGGUUUUUGUAGAGCCUUCUUCGUAUUUUGAUUCUUCAUAUCUUCCGAUAUUUAAGGGACUCAAAAUAAUCAGAGAGAAAUAUGUGUUAAAGUUCCUUCCUAAGCUUUUGAAGAACACAUCAUAUGGAAGUUAUCUUGGUAAAGAAGGAAGAUUAUGUUCACCAAGAUUCAUAUUUUUCUUCGAGACUGCAGAAAAGACUGCAGAUGACAAAACUUUAAAUGCACUUGAAAUUGACAUGGAAGAUUCAAUCUAUCAACUGCUACGAACGAAUUUUAUCAUAACAAAUAACGCACAGAUGAGCUUGUUUAGCAUUCCAAAAAAUAAAAAGUUUCUCUUUAUCAACACAAAUGAUCAGUUGAAUUCAGAUCCAGUUAUUGGUUCCCUAAACACAUUGCUUGCAUACAUUGAUGGAAAAAAUGAAGCAUUUGAAAUAAAACCUCAUCAAAAUUAUGGCAUUCGUAGAGAAAAACGAGACAUGCAAUUAUCAAAUAUUUUGGAUGAGACUAAAGAUGACAAGAAAAGAUCAUUUCUUGACUUACUUAAUGAUCAUGUAGAUGAAGCUUUGCAUUAUGGUUUUGAUGAUAGUCAUAUUAAAUAUCGGGGAAGAAAUCAUUUUGUUACUCCCACAAUUAAAGUUUGGUACGAAACUUUCAAAUUUAUGCAUAAAAUAUUCUUUGAAAACGUAAGAUUGGGUUCCUUUACUCCCAGUGAUCCAGAUUAUAAAGCAUUCAUUGAAAAUUUUCAUAAAAUAAUCGACAUAGAUGAGCAAUUCUUCAGAGACGCUUGUUUCACCGGCUACGACAAAGCACUUUCAAGUUAUGCCGAGCUUCUACCACAUCAUUACAGCAAAUCAUUUCAUGAGGGAAAACUUGAAGCAGCCUUGGAAAUAUUUCAUAAAUAUGCACGUGGACCUGAGUCGACAUUAUUGGAAGAGAAAUUGAAAGAUUAUUGUACUUCGAUCUGGAUGAAUGGGAAACAGCAAUGUGAGAUUUUAAGUCUACGAAGUCAUCCAUGCGUUCUCAUAGCGAAACAUAAUUUGAAACAUUCAAGUGGCGUUGUUCAUAUUAAUGCAUGUAAUUGUGGAAGCACACAAGGAACACGUGAAGAUCCGUACACGAUUUAUUCAGCGAAUUAUGAAUUUUAUCAAAUUAUGAAAGGAAGUUGUGAUAAAUGCGAGAAAUCAGCUUUUAUUGAUUUUCCAACUUUUAUACCUUCAUCAGAAGAAUUUAAAGCAGCAGAAAUUACAAAUAAGAAUUUAACUGCAACAUUGCUUUCUGAAUAUUCUAAUCAGACUCCAACUGAUGAUAAAGCAACAAUCGAUCAUCAACAUCAUCUUUCAGCAAGUCAAAAGACCCAAGAAUCUGAAACUGAUUUAAAUUUGAGUUCAUCAAAUUCAGAAAGUGAAAAGAGUGACGAUGAAGUGAAAGAGGAAAUUAAUUCUGAUGUCGAUGAAGAGUUGAAUGAAAUUGUUGUUAAAAUAGGAGAAGUUGGAAUUAAAGAAGAACAGAAGCAAGCAUCAACGACAGAAUAUUUACCAGGAAUGAUUUUAACGACAACUUCACAAGGACUGUUGCCUAGAUUUUCCAGUUUUAGUUUAGUUUGCAUUGGGUCUUCUUCUUUUUAUAGCCACAACAUUGGUCUUCAAGAAAGUCAAAUGCCAGGAUUCUUAUCGGGAACGAAUAUUUUAUUACCUUGGGAUGUAAAAAUUCGCUUAGAACAUGCAAAAAGUUGGGUUGAAAGUUAUGAAAAAAAUCGAAAUCGUAAGAAACAUAAGCAGGGACAAAGUCAUCAACAAAGCAGUGAAAGUGGAACAUAUUUUACUCUUAAAAUAUUUGUGGGAAUGGAAAUGGAAUGUGGACGUGGACACAGAUUCAUGAUGAGUUCAAACAACACAAUUGCAACGAGUCAAUCGAGAAGUAUAGCAAGUUGCGGUAGUAGAGUUGUUUUUAGUGACAUACCAUUAUUCUUCCCAUGUCCUUGCAAAAAUAAUUCUAUCGCUCAAUUGAUGCGAAUUCAUAUUGUAACUCCUAAGGCUCCAGUUAAUAUUCAUUUGGAUCCCAAAAUAAAAAUAAGGAGAGAAACAGAAAUGAUUUUUACAACUGGAUGGAGUGAACCAGCUAAGCUUUCACAAUCUGCUUAUUGGGUUUUGCGUUUGCCUUACGUUUAUCAGGGUGAAGGUGAACCAUUACCAACACCUUUAGAUCCACGUACAAUACCAGACUUGUCACAAUAUGGUUGUUUACUUCAAGGAAUGUUUGAAAUUAAAGAAAAUGAUUAAUCUGAAGUAAAUAAUAGUGGAAUUUUGGAUCUUACUAAAAAGGGACUCAAAAAAAUCCCAAAAACUGAAGAUUCUCAAUCUGUUCGUACGCUUCUAUUGGACGACAAUGAAUUGCAGAAAAUCGACAAUAUCGACUCGUUCUUAAGGAUUGAGAAGCUUUCACUGAAGCAUAAUCAACUACUACGAAUGUAUGGCGUUAGUCGAUUGCAUAAUUUGCGUGAACUUGAUCUCAGUUACAACGGUAUUUUAACGAUCGAGGCUCUAAAAGAAUGCAUUCAUUUGACGCAUUUAAACUUAGAAGGAAAUUCAAUUAAGUCCAUAGAACACUUGAAUACGAAUUUAAAAUUAGAGUUUCUGAAUUUAGCAGAGAAUAGUAUUGGAAUUAUUUCUGAUAUUUCGUUUCUAAAACAUUUAAAAGAAUUGUAUUUGCAUUCUAACCGGAUUUCCCACUUUCGUCAGUGCGAUCGAUAUUUGCCAACAUCACUUGAAAUUUUAACAUUGAACAAGAACAGCAUAAGUGAUUUGAAUGAAAUUUGCACAUUGUCACAUUUGAACAAUUUAACAAGUAUUACAAUAGUUGAUAAUCCUUGUGUACAAAUGACAGGUGGACAUUCACUUUUCAAUUCUAGUGGCUUUGAUUACCGUCCAUUUGUAUUGAACUGGUGCAUGAGUGUAAAAAUAAUUGACGGAUAUGUUGUGAGUCCUAUUGAAUCGUUGAAAGCUGAAUGGCUUUAUAGUCAAGGAAAAGGUCGUUCAUAUCGCGUGGGUGAUCAACAAGCUCUCGCUCAAUAUCUUUCACAAACGUGUCCUUUAAGUGGAGAAGCACUCGAAAAUGAAAACGAAAGAAAACUUCGAUUAAUACUCAGCAAAGCACAACAGCAUCAACGACAACUUCAAGAACAAAUCAUCUCAGGAAGUUCACCUGCUACCACUCCAAACAGUUCGUCCACAAAUAAUUCUCCUUCUACAAACAGACGUAAAGGGCAUAGUCGUAUUCAGAGUCCAAGAGUUAGUCGAUUGAGUGGUCAUCGACCUGCUACAGCGGAUGCUAUCAUGUCAAAUAGUUUUCAUGGAACAUCAAUGACAUCAAGUCACAUAGAACCUCACAACAGCAGCAAUCAAUCAAAUCAAUCGCUUGAAAUGACAAAAUCAUUAAUAGAAAAUUUCACAAGCGAUAAUUUGAUGACCCAGAGUUUAGACCCUGCGAUUCUUGGUGUGUCUGCUAUGAAUUCAAUGAACUCAUCGAUGACAUCAUCGAUUCGAGAUCAUCAACAGAAAUCACCAACGACAAACAACAACAUGAACGUUAAUUUGUACAACGAUCAAUCGAGUAUUCCCAUUGUUCAAUCUUCGGGUCCAUUAGUGACAGCAUCAAAAAUGAUGCCAGUGCCUGAAUCUCUUAUGUCACCUGAUUGUGGACCAUCAUCAACAAUUACACCUCAACAACGUUCUCUGUCAGCCUUAACAACAGCAGUGCCAACAAUAUCGUCGCAUUCUUCAAAAACUUCAAAAAUAAGUCAACCACAUCGUCCCUUCAGCAGUCCAUCGUCUAUGACAAAAACUUCAAAGGCAUCAAAGACAAAAUCUGAAAAGUCGCCUUCAAACAGUCCACGAAAAGCAAUUGCCAACACAACAAACACGAAAAUACUCCAGAAUCAAUCGAUAUUGAAGCAUACAACAACCUCUUCACAUCCACUUCCAUCUCAAAAACAAUCGUUGGCAAUUAUGUCAAGUGGAUCAAUGGAUAUGGACCGAAGUGAUGAUGAUGUUGAUUAUAUCGGUGAUCAAAUAAAAAGUUUACAAAAAACUUCAGGAAAUGAAAUAAAUAAAAAUCAAAAACAGUUGAACAACAGUUUCCAACAUACGAAAGAAAUUGCUGAUAACAAAGAAUUAAAAUCAGCAAUUUUAAUUCAAAAAUUGUGGCGUGGAUAUUCAAUUAGAAAGAAAUGUGUUGAUAAGAUUGCGGAUAGUCUUCAGAAGAAAAGAACUCAAGAUUACAUAAUGCAGCUGACAAAGGAUGUUGAAAGUACUAAACAGGCUUUAGAAAAUGAAAGAAAAAUUCAACAAUUGCAAAUGCAAGCAAUAAAUGCUUUAUGGAAAAAAGUUUCCAACAUGCAAUCAAUUACAGAAACAUCUGGUGGGGGCACAAGUGAUAUUGCAGCUGUCAGUGGAUUUGGUGGUCAAGAGGUUGUUCAAGAUUUAACCAGAACUUGUUCUAUGCUUACGAAUCAGGUACAACAACUUCAAACAUCAAUGCGUGAUAUAUUGAAUUGCGUAACAGUUUUUGCACAGCUUCCUCAAGUUCAACAGCAACAAAAUACAAAUACAGCAACAUCAAGCAUACAAACAGAAAUUAUUGCUGUUCAUACACCACAAAUUGAAAAUCCAAAAGAAUUCCCAUUUGUCACGAAUCAGAAGAUGCAAAGACCAUCAUCUUUGCCAAUAAGCAGCACAUCAUCGAGUGAAUCUACCAAGACUAAUACGACUACGAAUGAAAGUCAAGAGCCGCCUUUGAAAGAUUGCAAUGGGUCGGUGUAAAUUAACACUUCUGAUUUGAAUGAGUAAGCGAUCGCUUUGCUAUUGAAAAUUAAAACACAAGAACAAAAGUACUUUAACUUAAGCUUAUAAAGCUUUCUCUUUAGCGUAAUUCUUGAUAUAUUUAAAAAAUAAAACACCCUCACACACAUUGUCAGCUUUCAAUAAAUAUUCCUGUCUGUGCUUGCGAUGAAUAAUUUUCCUCACAGCUAUCAAGCCAGUUCCUUGAUCUCAAAAUCAAAUUCAAUUGUGUCUUUCAUUCAAUGUCCAAAGAUCGACCACAUGAAUAAAAGUUAUGUUUUAGUAAAUAUUAACGAUGGAGUCAUUUAUUCACUUUCUGAUGAUGAGCUUUCUUCUUCAGACACAUCAAGAGUCUUUCGAUUUAAAUUUCCUUUGAAGUUGUCAAGAUCGUCAUCACUUUCUUCGUGACAUCUUUUCUUUGUGAAUUCUUUCGGCCAAAUUCCAUCCUUUGUGAAUUCCUUUAUAUGUUCGUCGGUAAGUAUUCUAACGAUUUCAGCUUUUACUUUAUCACCUUCCGGAAUGCGCUCAACGAUCACGAAAUUUCCUCUUUUUAUCCAAACAUUUUUUCGAAAAAUAAAAAGAUAUUACUUGAUACUAAGAAUUUAUUCAUUCCAAGAGCCGAUUCAACUUCAUGUAAAUUGUUUCCUUUUGAACUAAUAAUUUUGACAAUCUCUUGGUUGUCUGUGGGCUGACUGAAAUCAUCUAAUUCAAUCUCACGUUUGACAUGUUUGAGCUUAACGACUCUUGACAUUUUAGAUUUGUUAUGUUAUAUUUUUU